AUGAUUGUGAUUCAGGUGCAAGUGUUCGGGGAGACGCUGGCGGUGUUUCGAAGCAAGGACGGCACAGCACACGUAACGGACGCUUACUGUCCCCACAUGGGCGCAAACAUGGCGGUGGGCGGUGUGGUAAAAGGAGAUUGUCUUGAGUGUCCCUUCCAUGGCUGGCUAUUCAGAGGGUCUGAUGGCUCCUGUGCCCACAUUCCGUAUUCAAGUAAAGCUGUGCCUAAGACGGCUAAUGUAAAGCGAUGGGAGUCACGCGAAGUGAACGGUCGCAUAUAUGUGUGGUACGACGCAGAGGGACGACCUCCGCAGUGGCACAUCCCCGAAAUCGGCCACGUCACCCGCGGCGAGUGGUCCUACCGCGGAAGGACCUACCAUGAAGUCCUCGCACAUAUUCAGGAGAUUCCUGAGAAUGGAGCAGACAUGGCCCACCUGGGACACUUGCACGUGCCUAACAUUUUCAAAGGAAACGACUUGAGGGACGCAUUUGCCAACAACCAGGUCAUGGACUUGGCUGAGCAUGCGUGGAACGGCGAGUGGCGCGCACGCCAGUCUCCGGAGUCCCAUAUGGCCGAGCUGGUCAUGACGCAUUCACUUUCCUUCGUCGGCGGCAAGUUCAAACUGUUCAAGAUGACUGUCCGGGCCGAACAAAUCGGGCCGGGGAUCGUGCACCUGCAUUUCGACACGGGACUCGGCGCCGGCAUCCUCAUCCAGACCGUCACGCCCAUCGAGCCCCUCAGGCAGAAGAUCGUCCACGAGUUCUACACUUCUAGCACCUUCUUCGCCCCGUACGCCAAGUUGGUCCUCCUCUGCGAAGCCUACCACGUGGAGCGCGACAUCAUGAUUUGGAACAGCAAAGUGUACCAGUCCCAGCCGUUGUUGGUGGCAGAGGACCGCCAAAUCCUGAAGUUCCGCCGAUGGUACAACCAGUUCUACUCGGAGAACAGUCCAAAGUUCAACUUCAGGAAAGAUUCACUCGAGUGGUGAUGCCCGUAGCCACUGGCGCUGCCUCUUGGAAAUCAUGCUAUUCUGUACUUUGUGCUUCCCACAUACGCGGGAGGUAAACGACAUGGGUGGGACAAGUUGGAUGUUAUUCAUGGCGACAGGAAAUCAUUUCUUGUAAAAUUUUGAUCAUCUUGAAGUACGUGAUAGCUGUGGACUGUGUAGAACAAGUAUCCACGAUUAGCCGAAUAACUUCGAAAUUAUUAUUUAGAGGAGAUAACACAAAAGAUACGUUGUAUGUGAUACAGCAACUCCAGGCGUGAGCUGUGUGAGGUGCAGAGAUCAGAAUUUCAUAAUUCGAAUUCUACCUAACCUUUGCGUUUGAAUGAGAGUAACAGUGCAAAAUAUCAGUGGUGUGGAAAGAACGAGAAAGUUUUGAUUUAGAAGUUUAUUGAUAAGUGAUUGGUGAAUUGAUAUGCGUGUACAUAUAUACUUGUGUAUGUAUGUUUUUUUUACGCACGACGUGUGUCUGUAUGUGCGUUUGCGUGCUUGGUAUGUGCAUAUCCAUGACCAAAUUUUGCCAUCUGCUGUGAAUGGCUUGUCAUUGUGCGAAAUGGAAUACCUGUCUACUUCGUGUGAACAGUAGAAUAGUUUGUAGCUUUUUGAGUCUGAGUGAGCUCGUCCUAUCUACUUUAUGAUUACAAAUUUAUAUGACAGUGAUGCUCACCCUCUUCAUCGACCUAGAAAGUGGUACACCUUACAUAUUAAAAUCAUGUUUGGUGAACCACUCUAUACAUGAUAUUAAGGCAUGUAUUAGUCUUGUGUUUAAAUUAAAACAUCAUUCGUGGCCCACGUGUGCAAUGUGUCAGUGACCUAUUUCUCCAUAAGAUAUUUGACUCACAUAUUUUUUACUAUGUACAACUUCGUAUUGUUUGGUAUUUCCUCACUUCGAUUUUCGUAGUGCGGUUUGCAAUUCUUUUUUUUUUUACCAUAAAUUACACCUUCCUAUGACGCACGUCAUGCUUUUCUGCAACAUGUACAGAGCACAUAGGUCGUUACAUCUGAAACUAAGACUCCUGUGCCUGCUUUUGGACCUAUGUGCUCUCCAUUUCUGCCUCCUCGUAUGAUGUCUAUACUUCUGACUCUUCAGUUCAUCUUGUCUCUCUUGCAAGCACCUAUAUCGAAAGUUUACUUUCUUUGACUAUGUAACCUUGUGCAGUGUCAAAAUUGCCAUAUCACUGCGAAUUACUUAUCUUCCGAUAUUUGCUCUUUCGUGAUAUGUUUUUUUUUCCUAAAUGAAUUCUUCCUAUAGUUGUAAAGGCUAAUAACGCUGAUACUCUUCUUUCAGCAUACACAAUUACUCACGAAUUGUUUCUUGUAAGUGUGCUCGUAGUAGUGAAAAAAAGGUUUUUUUGUUAGUGUGUGUGCAAUUAGAAUUUUGUGAAAGAUCGGGAAGAAAAUGCUUGUAGUUUAUUCUACCUACGAAGCUCUAGUAGUGAUAUAUUAACUUUAGAAUUAUAUCAGUAGAUAUACAGGUUUCCCCUUUCCUUGAAAAAAUACUAGGCCCAGAUCCCUUCGCGAAUGGCAUUUGAAAGACCUGCUCCUAGCAACCUCUGCUCGAGACAGGCUCAUUUGCCGUUUUCCGUUAAGUUCCUGUAUUGAUAAGCAAAGUGUUUAAAAUAGACUUAAUGGUCAAAUGUGUGACAAAUAUACUGUAGAAUUAAUUAUGCGUCUACCAUAUGCAUGUACAUAUGGGUGUGUAUAUAUAUGCAUAUGUAUGUGUGUGUG